AAUCUCAUAAGCCGCUAUCCAUUGACGCGUUUCAACUCACAUGAUUGUGUAGUAGUGGUUUUAGAGGAGCAAUGUACUAGGAAUUAUAGCAAAUAAUAAAUUAAAUCUUCGUGAAUUUUUUGUUAAAUGUUUUGAAGUAGAUAUCUAAGUUCCUACAUUAAUUCUAGAUUUUAAUAUAUAAUGUGAUUAUUUUAAGUCAAAGUGAAGUAUUAUUAAACAAGCAGUGUCAAGGUUUAAAAGUUUGACAAUGAAACUUUUCAUGUUGUUUGGUUUUGAAUUUGUGAAAUAGUAAACAUGCACGCGUGGUCGGGGGAAGAUGGUGACGUUAUGGGCCCCACAGUCACAAGGGCAGGCAGUGCUAAGCCCAACACUCCUCCGCUGAAGAACGGCAAUGACUUAAGGGAGUCUGGCUACCUGAUCGCCGUCGGCUCCAGAACAUCCAGGUUCAGAAGAAAAUACAGAAAGAGAAUGCCAGUCAUAGUCAUUAUUGUCAUAUUUAUUCUAAUACUUAUAGCUUUCAUUGUGAUAUCUAUUUUAUAUGCACUAGCAGUACACAGGAAACCAGUGAAGUUAUGCGAGAGCACUGAAUGUCUGCGUUCAGCUGUAAACCUCGCCCUGUCCAUGGACACCAGUGCUGAUCCAUGUCAAGAUUUUUAUCAGUACGCUUGCGGCAAUUGGGCCUCCGACCACCCCAGACCUGAUGCGUACCAGUCGUACGACUGGUUCCAAGACAAGCAGAUCAAGGUAUACUUCCUGGUGAGGGACUUCCUCAACAGGAACACGAGCCACCAGCCCAAAGCAGUACAGCAGGCCAAGGAUAUGUACAAUGGAUGUAUGGACACGGAGACAUUGGACGAACGUGGAUUGAAACCAGUGAUAGCGAUACUGGAAACGCUUGGCUUACCUCCUUACCCAACAUAUAUCAACGCGACAGACGACGUCGACUACUCUGCCUACACCUUCGAUUGGCUGGACACCGUCAUUAAAGUCAAGACUGAGAUCGGCAUGGACGUGCUCAUCGGGUUCGACAUCUUCACCGACCUCAAGAACUCCACAGUCUUCAAACUCAUGAUGGGAUCGCCAGAAGCCACUAAUCCUUUUCCAAGCACUUACAGAGAAAGAAAACGUCACGGCAGAAGAACACUAAAAGAUCUUAUUAACUUCAUAGAAAAACCUUCUACACGAGACCUUAUACACAAGAUUGAACGCCGCAGUGAUAAAUCAGAAGACUUAGACGAGAAAAUAGCUCAAAUACAUAAGUUAUUCUACGCAGAGCUGAUGAAACUGUUCGUUGUGGAAGGAGGUGGAACUAAAAACUCUAAAUUGACAGAAGUAGAACUAGACGAGAAUAUAAUUGAGGCUGCCAAUGUAUAUUUCGAGACAUACAGUGAUAUUUAUGAGUUAGAAUCAAGUAACUCUACAGAAAUGGAUGACGACGAUGAUCUAAACAUACCAGAAUAUACAGUGGAUGAAAUACAGGCACACACAGACGCAGUCGUUGAAAACAAUAAUGGCACUGCCACACCUAUAUGGAAGAAGUACUUGGAAGGAAUAUUCAACGUCAGCAAUACUGUGCUGGACUUCGAAAAGGACAAGAUUCUCGUGUCUGAUGAGGAUUUGAAGUACAUGUCGCUGAUGGCUGCGUACGUGGCCAGGACUCCACCUGUCGUGUUAGAACUUUAUAUCUGGAUAAAGGUGGUAGAAGUAAUGUCGGUUCACACCACCACGGAGCUGCGCACGUUGUUCCAAAGAGCGUACGACCAGACGCACGGUCACAAGUCGGUAACUCCUCGCAGCGUACAAUGUGCCAAUGCUGUCAACGACAUGCUAGGCAUGGCUGUGUCCUACGGUAUUGCAGAUCCACACUUCUUCAAUGUCACAAAACCGAAGAUAAUAACAAUGAUUGAUGAACUAAAAGAUUCAUUAGCUCACCUCGUCGGCCAAGCAAGAUGGAUGGACGACAAUACAAAGAUAGCAACGUAUCAGAAGAUCAUUGAAAUGAAGUCUCUCGUUGGAUUCCCAGACUGGCUUCUGGAAGAAGGAAGGCUAGAAGAAUAUUAUGAAGGAAUAGACAUUGACGCUGAGAAACAUCUAGAGAACAUAAUCAAUAUAAAUCAAGUCAAAACGAGGAAAGUUCUCAAUAUGUUUAGGGAACCAAACAAUAUCACUUGGGCCACUGAUCCUACGGAAGUUAAUGCGUAUCAUACGUUUCGAGAGAAUACUAUAACUGUCCCUAUGGUGAUGUUGCAGCAUCCUUUCUUUGACUUAGGACUUGACUCACUAAACUACGGCUCCCUGGGAACGGUUCUUGGGCAUGAAAUAACGCAUGGCUUCGAUAGCGUUGGCCGUCAUUUCGACAAGAACGGCAACAUGUUGCCGUGGUGGUCCAACAGCACCAUCGACUCGUUCGUCAACAUGACGCGCUGCUUCAUCGACCAGUACUCCGAGUACUAUCUACCAGAGCUAGACAAACAUGUAGACGGUAAAAACACGUUGGCCGAAAAUAUUGCUGACAACGGAGGAUUGAGGGAAGCAUUAGCAGCUCUAAAGCAUCAUCUCAGGAAACGAGGUCCAGAGCCGAAGCUGCCAGGCUUCGAACGUAUGACUCCUGAACAACUGUUCUUCUUGUCUUACGGGAAUCUAUGGUGUGGAGUUUCCACGAAGGAUGCCUUGAAGUCAGACCUGGAGGAUGCGCACACUCCUCACCUGUUCAGAGCUCAGGGUGUUCUGCAGAACAACGAGGAGUUUGCCAGAGCCUUCCAUUGCCGACCGGGGUCCAAAAUGAACCCGGGAAAACGAUGCAUCAUAUUUUGAAGAUUACAAGAGGGAACAACUAGUCAACUACUAAGUCAACAGAAACAAGAAUGUACUCAAAUGUGAAUAGAACAUAGACAAGAAAGUGUUUUGUAAUCGUACCCUUACUGCCGUACUCUGAGUCGUUUACAGGUUACUCAACCCAUUCCUUAGCAAUUGUUUUCCAUACAAAAUCGAUACUAAAGAAUACUUUAAGUAAUCAUUAAAUAUCUCUGAGUACGGCUUUUAGUUAAGAAUUAAGUCUAGGAACCAAUAUUUUUAUGUCAAUGUGUGUGCCAUAGAAUAUUAUGACAAAUGAAAUAGUACUUUUAUACGCCUGAUCUCUACCAUGAGUAUAAAGCAUUAGUAUUUAACGAUAGUCGCUAGCGACGACGUAAUUUUUUGCAUGGCAAAUUUUAGUUACACAGGUGACCGGUAGAGGCGUUGUAAAAUUUGACAUAUAGAAACGGGGCGAGACGUUGUAAAUUAAACGUCGUUGCUAGCGACUAUCGACAAAUACUAUUGCUUUAAACUCAUGGUAGAGGUACUGAUCUCAUCGUGUGGUAAUUAAUGUACCUAAAUAUUAAUUUUACUAACAAACAUUAUAAUAUGAACGCACAACAUUUUGACUUGUCUACGUUUCAGCACUUUUCGUUUUACGGUAACUUGCGUCUUCGUGUGUUCAUAUUUUUACAUAAUUCCUACGUACUCGUAAUUUGUGAUAAAUGA